UGGGUGCAGUAGCUGGAAAAAUGGCAGCUGAUACAGGGAGAUACCGGAGUGCUGUUAGCAAAAGCAAAGACCCUUCAGGCUUACUUAUUUCCGUUAUAAGGACCCUGUCCAGCAGCGAUGACAAGCAGGACAGAGAGACGGAGAAGGGCCGCCUGGAGGAGGCGUUUGAGAAGUGCGACCGGGACCUGGAUGAGCAGAUCGUCCAACACUACGCUGAGCUGACCACCGCCAUCCGCACCUACCAGAGCAUCACCGAGAGAAUCACCAGCUCCCGUAACAAGAUCAAAGGGGUGAAGGAGAACCUGCUGUCCUGUAAGAUGCUGCUCCACUGCAAGAGGGAUGAACUGAGGAAGCUGUGGAUCGAAGGCAUCGAGCACAAACACGUCCUCAACCUGCUGGAUGAGAUCGAGAGUAUCAAGCAGGUCCCACAGAGACUGGAGGCCUGCAUGGCCAGCAAGCACUACCUGCACGCCACCGACAUGCUGGAAAAGGAUGUCUUCCACCGUGCCUGGUCCCAGGCUAACAGCUGACUUCUCUCUGAAACCUCACAUCCAUCUGAAGGUGAGUCUAUCCACCAUGCCUGGUCCCAGGCUAACAGCUGACUUCUCUCUGAAACCACACAUCCAUCUGAAGGUGAGUCUUUAUCCUUUGGAACCACACAAUGACCAGGUGGACAGUAGGCCUCUUGAAGCGACAGAAGAAAUCAACAAGAUCCUCAAGUAUUCUUUCACAAUAGCUGGCAGCUCAUUAUUAUCAUUAUUAUUUUUUGCCUGAUUCAGGACUCUAGUCCCGGAGAGAGACUGACUGAAACAUUCACACCUCCAUUAAUUUACAAAAGGAUUGUCUCAUAGCUCGGCUAUGUGUGAAAAAUCCCCAAAUUUGUGCCACAGUUUUAAUUACUGAUAGUCGCUGUUGUCAUUCAGAGUUGAGUCCUAUUGUAAAGUGUAACCUAUUUGCCAAAAAGGGGCAAACUUGCAAUUUAUUCGAUGUUUAACUGCUCUUAAAUUGUACAUUUCUCACUCAAUAUCAAAGAAUAUGAAAUAAUGUGUCUUUCCCCCUGCAUUAUAAUAUAACUUACUUUGAACGAAAGCCAGGAAUGAGUGAGUCACUCAGCCCAAUACUGUUCCUGCUUCUUUUGCCUAUUUGAGUGUUUAUUUAAUAUCCUACGGAUUCUGUCAUCACCAAACCUCAUGCAACCGCAACAUGACGGAUACAUUUCACAAAUCCGUCUGUUUUUAAACUUUGCUGUGGGAGUGACAAAAUGUAUUGCAAUUGAAUUUAAAUUAACUGAAUGAUGAGGAUGAAGACGAGUGAUUGAAUUUAAAUUAACUGAAUGAUGAGGAUGAAGACGAGUGAUUGAAUUUAAAUUAACUGAAUGAUGAGGAUGAAGACGAGUGAUUGAAUUUAAAUUAACUGAAUGAUGAGGAUGAAGACGAGUGAUUGAAUUUAAAUUAACUGAAUGAUGAGGAUGAAGACGAGUGAUUGAAUUUAAAUUAACUGAAUGAUGAGGAUGAAGACGAGUGAUUGAAUUUAAAACAAUAGUGUAAGAAUUGCUCUUCCUCUGUCUCGUGCGCACACUAAAAAAAUCCAUUUUGUUUCUAGUUUGUCAGAAGAAGACAAUGUAACACGCACAUAGACACACAUAUAUUAUUUGUUCAUCAACAUCUUUAUGCUUUCGUUAAUAAAAUAAUGAUAAAAAGA